CAGAUCUAGGUUCCAGCUGCCUUGGACCUGCUAAAGAAUGUCUGGGAGGGAGACAGGGAGGAGCAAGGAAGGACAGGACAUGCUUCUCCCCCAUCCCAGGUGACAAGCUGGCGGGGCCCUUCUCCAAACAAAGUUCUCAGACGGAUGGAUUUGGGAGGGGCUGCCCACACCCACUCCCCAGCCCCCUCCUACACAGGGUCUGGCUUCAGCCCCACCCAGUACCAAAGCCACCCUCCCAUUCAGUCUCUGUCCCUGUGUGUCCUUGCAUUGCCACCUUCAGCACAGGUGAGAAGGACCCAACCCCGGGAGAAUCCUCUGGAGCCCUGGGGACUGACUGGCUUUUGGGCAGAACUCCUGCUGACAGGGGCACCUCUCCACCCGCGACCGAAAUCCCCAGCCAGAUCCCCUCCCAGCGCCAGCAUUCCUUCCUCGGCUCACAGGACCAGGCGCAGGCUAGCCCCUUCUCCAGUGGCCCCACCGGCCCGGCGCAGCGAUGACGGUCACCUACACAGCCCGAGUGGCGAACGCCCGCUUCGGUGGCUUCUCGCAGCUGCUGGUGCUGUGGCGCGGAAGCAUCUACAAGCUCCUGUGGCGAGAGCUGCUCUGUUUCCUGGGGCUCUACAUGGCGCUGAGCGCCGCCUACCGCUUCGUCCUUUCGGAAGAGCAGAAGCGCUACUUCGAGAAGCUUGUCAUAUACUGCGACCAGUACGCCAGCCUCAUCCCGGUCUCCUUCGUGCUCGGCUUCUACGUGACGCUGGUUGUACAUCGCUGGUGGAAUCAGUACCUAAGUAUGCCUCUGCCCGACGCGCUCAUGUGUGUGGUCGCGGGCACUGUGCACGGGCGCGAUGAUCGAGGCCGCCUCUACCGCCGCACGCUCAUGCGCUACGCAGGGCUCUCGGCUGUGCUGAUCCUGCGCUCUGUCAGCACAGCGGUCUUCAAGCGGUUCCCCACCAUAGACCACGUGGUGGAGGCGGGAUUUAUGACCCGCGAGGAGCGCAAGAAGUUCGAGAACUUGAACUCAUCUUACAACAAGUAUUGGGUGCCUUGUGUGUGGUUCUCCAACCUGGCGGCGCAGGCGAGGAGAGAGGGUCGCAUUCGCGACAACAGCGCUCUUAAACUGCUGCUAGAGGAGCUGAAUGUGUUUCGCGGCAAAUGUGGAAUGCUGUUUCACUACGACUGGAUCAGUAUACCCCUCGUCUACACUCAGGUAGUGACCAUAGCAGUGUACAGCUACUUCCUGGCUUGCCUCAUCGGUCGUCAGUUCCUGGACCCGGCGCAGGGCUACAAAGACCACAGCCUGGACCUGUGCAUUCCCAUUUUCACCUUACUGCAGUUCUUCUUCUACGCAGGCUGGCUCAAGGUGGCAGAGCAGCUCAUCAACCCCUUCGGAGAGGACGACGACGACUUUGAGACCAACUUUCUGAUUGACCGCAACUUCCAGGUGUCGAUGCUGGCCGUCGACGAGAUGUACGACGACCUGGCCAUGCUGGAGAAAGAUCUGUACUGGGAUGCGGCAGAGGCUCGUGCGCCCUACACCGCGGCCACCGCUUUCUUACUGCAGCAGCCCUCAUUCCAGGGCUCCACCUUUGACAUAGCGCUGGCUAAGGAAGACAUGCAGUUCCAGCGGCUGGACGGCGUGGACGGCCCCCUAGGAGACGCGCCGGUGGACUUCCUGCAGCGCCUCCUACCGGCAGGUGCUGGGACUGCGGGAGGAGGCCUGCUAGGCCGGCGCCUGUCGCUGCUAAAGCGUAAGAACAGCUGCGUGUCAGAGACAUCCACCGCUGCCAGCUGCGCAUGUGCAAGUGCGGCGGAUGGCGGCCCAGAGUGCGGCUGCGGAGACCCAUUGCUCGACCCCAGCCUUCGGGAGCCGGAGCCUGAGCCCCCUGCAUGCCUUGAGCCGCCUGCCUCCAUCCCGGGGCCUCCUUCGGAGCCCUUUACCACCGUGUCUAUUCCUGGGCUCCGGGUCCCGGCGCCGCCCUGGCUUCCCAGCCCUAUUGGAGAGGAGGAAGAGAGUCUGGCUUGAGAACCAGCGGCCGGGAUCCCUAUGGACAGGGAACCAAGCCUACACAAAGCACCCCACGGUCCUGCUGUGCCUGCUGUGCCACUCUGAUCAGUUCUGCCCCCUACUGGGGCUGUUGUUAAGGGCCCGGAUUCUCCAAGCUGCUGCUCUUGCUCUUUCAACCCCCAGCUUCUUUAAAUGGCUUUGCAUCAAACCACUACCACCUGACUGGUGGCCUCUGGCAGCGUGUCCUGCCUGUGUUCUUCCCUUCCAGUGAAACUGUGAGUGUCUACCUCAUGGAACUGUAAAGAUGAAACAAAAUGAUGAUUUUAAAGCAUUGGAUUUUUAUAGUAGGUGCUCAAUAAAUGGAA